UCCGCCUCCCCCCGCACCCCUGCCCUCGCCCUGCGCUGUCUGCUUUCCUCGACCCACUGUCCCCAGCAUCUCUGCCCCCGCCCCUUAGCCUGAGGAUGAAGGUUUGGCUGCUGCUUGGUCUUCUGCUGGUGCACGUAGCGCUAGAGGAUGUUACUGGCCAACAUCCUCCCAAGAACAAGCGUCCGAAGGAGCCAGGAGAGAAUAGAAUCAAGCCUACCAACAAGAAGGUGAAACCCAAAAUUCCUAAAAUAAAGGACAGGGACUCAGCUGACUCAAUGCCAAAGUCGCAGUCCAUAAUGAUACAGAUGUUGGACAAGGGUCGCUUCCAGAAACCUGCCGCUACCCUGAGUCUGAUGGCAGGGCAAACUCUGGAGCUUCGAUGUAAAGGAAAUCGAAUUGGAUGGAGCUAUCCUGCAUAUCUUGACACCUUUAAGGACUCCCGCCUCAGUGUGAAGCAGCAGGAGCGCUAUGGCCAGCUGACCCUGGUCAACUCCACCGCGGCUGACACGGGCGAGUUCAGCUGCUGGGGGCAGCUCUGCAAUGGCUACAUCUGCAGGAGGGACGAGGCCAAAACGGGCUCCACCUACAUCUUUUUUACAGAGAAAGGAGAACUUUUUGUACCUUCUCCCAGUUACUUUGAUGUUGUCUACUUGAACCCGGACAGACAGGCUGUGGUUCCUUGUCGAGUGACGGUCUUGUCAGCCAAAGUCACCCUCCACAGGGAGUUCCCAGCCAAAGAAAUCCCAGCCAAUGGAACGGACAUUGUUUAUGACAUGAAGAGAGGUUUUGUGUAUCUGCAUCCUCAUUCUGACCACCAGGGGGUGGUCUACUGCAAGGCGGAGGCUGGAGGCAAGUCUCAGAUCUCUGUCAAGUACCAACUGCUCUACGUAGAAGUUCCCAGCGGCCCUCCCUCAACAACCAUCUUGGCGUCCUCAAACAAAGUAAAAGGUGGGGAUGACAUCAGUGUCCUCUGCACUGUCCUAGGGGAGCCUGAUGUUGAGGUAGAAUUCAGGUGGAUCUACCCAGGACAGAAGGAUGAAAGGCCCGUGAGGAUCCAAGACACUUGGAGGCUGAUCCACAGAGGGCUCGCACACACCACAAGAAUCUCCCAGAGCGUCAUGACAGUUGAAGACUUUGAGACCAUUGACGCAGGAUAUUACAUUUGCACUGCCCAGAAUCUCCGAGGACAGACCACAGUUGCUACCACUGUUGAAUUUUCCUGACUUGGAAAAUGGAGUAUAAUGAACUGAUGGAAAGCCCAUUUGUGUACACAACCAGCUUUGGGGUUCUUUUGACUAGUGCUUUGCCAGAGGUCGAUGUCAAGUGCCAAACCCCAACCCUCGCUUUGUGAGUCAGACCCAGACAUCCAAACUAAAAGGAAGUCAUCUGGUCUAAUAAUAGACGUGUUAACUCUUCUAACAGAAAACAUGUAUUUCAAUUUCUUACCUACAUAUAUGCAUUUCUAGUUUUUCUACUAAGAAAGCAUAUAUGCAGACAACCUUAUAUAAUCAUUUCUAUUAAAUGAGCAAGUUUUUGUAAAAAAUAA